AAGUUGUCUCCCAUACUAACCUGCCAACUACUCCGACAUAUACCACCGCCUGUUCCUCCUGUACUGCUCAUAACACAUACCCACCAUCCUGAGCAGACUAACGUAAUUCCUCCAGGUGGCCACGCUCAACAAUAGAGCUUCUCCGUGCAUACCGUUAUUUUUUCUCAGGCUCACCCGUCCUGCUGUUCGCCAACAGUUCCCUAAUCAUCAGUUCGAACGUGGACUUGUCACUCCUUGCUUGGCUCGUCUCUGAGCCUCUCUAGAGGUCACUUUUGCGCCAUGGCUACCAGCACGCCGCCCAAGAUGAACCUCCUUAUACCACAAACGCCUUCUCGCGAUCGGUCUCUACAGACUCCGGCGCAGUACAGCUCACCUACUGUGCUUCGGACGGCAGCGUCGUCGUCUGCCAUGUCACCGAACCCUGGAGCCGCUUCUGCAGCUGCUAUAACAGCUGAGUCUCUGUUGAACACCCAUGCUAACGCUGCAAAUCCGCCACUUGCGGCGCUCGACGCUGCUGUUUCGGACCGAAACAAUUUUGCGGCUCAGAAUACACAGUUGUGGAAGUUGAUCGAGAAGCAGAGGACGGGUUAUGCCCAGUUGAUGAAGGAGCUUGAUCGUGUGAGGGGAGAACGGGAUGUUUAUCGAAGUAAACUCAACUCCUUGGGCGAAAAUACAGAUGUUUUGCUUAAGGCGCAUAGGGAGAAGGAGAGACGGGAGGGCAGCAAGGAAGGUAGCCUUCGAAGUGCGACUUCGCAUUCGCAUUUGAGGACGAAUGAGACCAGUUCGCUAUCUGCCAACGACCCGAGAAGUCAGAUGGUCAGAACCCAUUCCGAUGAAGUCGCCUCGCGGCAUCGUCAUCGCAAUACCUCUCAACCUUCACUUUCGCAGUCUCCCGGCGGCCGGGAACGACAAGGAUCUCAAUCAAGUCUCAAUGUUCCGUCGUCACUCUCGUCAACGUCAACGUACCUUAAUACAUCCCAGGCCUCCUCAACUACGAACUUGGCGAUUUCUCCUUCCUCUUCCUCCCUUUCACCUCUUUCGACUUCAUCAGGGCCUCAGGUAUUUCUCGACAAUAAUCCACGAAAGCCCUCUCCUCUACAGCUCGCGACACCUGUUCGUUCAGCUUCACUAAACACACCUGGGGGAUAUUCUGUCGUAACACCAUCUGUCACUCCUUUCAGCUCAGCAGUUCCUCCUCCCAACACAGGUGACCCUCUGAACACCAGUGGUCACACUUCACGAAGUGCAGUCCCGCCUCUCAGGACACCUCAAGCAUUCGUUACGCCUUCGACACCCGCACAGUCUGCUGGUAUUGCGGUAGAACCUUCUCUUACCAAAUCUCGUCACCACUCUUCAUUCCCGAAUCCACCAACUAUUCAAACUCCAAGUUCGAAUGUACCACCGAUAGUGCGAUCGGACGAUACCUCUGAGACACAAACCAAUACCAAUACCCUUCAACCAACUUCGUUAAUACCCUCACAACUGUCUAAUAUAUCCGUACAAGAUCAUCUUUCUCCUGCGAUGGCGGCGCAAGAGCUUGCGGCACCUUCUCGGCCCUAUGCGUUGUCACGCGAAUCACGGAUAUCUCUACCAGAAGAGGCAAAGAGGUACUAUGCUACCAUGAGCGAAUCUCCCGUUCCUAGUCCUCGAGUUACUCAAGGAUUCUUGACGCCACCGAACCAAAGUUCCACUUCACUUGAGAAACCGCCUUCGGAGUUCCCGGAGUCUCCACCACCUAUCACUGUUCAAGAUAGUACAGGUACCGUCAAAGAAGUUGAACACGCCGACGCUCAAUCCCAACGGGCCAUUCCGAAUGGUCGACGCAGUACAGAAGACAACAGCGAAUUCCUCGAACUCGAAGACGGCGACAGCUUAUAUGACAGUGCAGGCGGGAGCGAUAGGGGCGUUCUAUCUUCUACCACAACUGAUCCCGAUGAUGAUCCCGACGAUGCUGCUGAUGCCCACGUGCCGAGGGCGAAGGGCAAGAAACGAGCUGCGGCUGUGGAAGACUUUCCAUUACCGCCAUCUACGCCACCUGUAAUUCAUCCUGGAGGACCGGAACCGUUGACUACAGCGCAGAUGCAAGCGCUGGCUGCUGCCCAGCGUGGUCAAGUGCAAGCUGAUUCUUCUGGCAAUACCGGUACUACUGGUUUGACUCCGGGACACACUACACCUGGACAAUCUGUGUCUUCACUGCAGCCCCCUACGACACCGGUAUCACCAUUCACUGCUUCAUUGAAUGACGCGCAACCUACAUUCCGUGCUUUGCCUUUGCUUGCCAGCGAUCUGCCUCACACGCAAGUGACUGUGUCACACUCUUCCAUCCGUCCAAACGAUCGGGGAAAGGAAGUGCUCUCUUUCACUAUCGUUAUUGACCCCGGGAAGGGAAAAGAGACCUGGAAGGUGGAGAAGUUGUUUAGUGACGUUCUUACGCUAGACUCCAGAGUGCGUGCGACGCUGGGGAAGAACGUGGCCAGGAAGUUGGUUACUCUCCCAGAGGGCAAGCUGUGGAGAGAUCAUGCACCUGCAAAGGUCGAUCAGAGGAAGAUUGCCCUUGAACUUUAUUUCAAGUCUCUGAUAGCACUCCCUGUGAAGAACAAGGACGAAAUUAUCGCAUUCUUCACGUCCGAUAUGGUACGCGAUGCUUCGCAGCCAGUCUCCCAGGCUGGGUACAAGGAAGGCUACCUUACGAAACGCGGGAAGAACUUUGGCGGCUGGAAAACAAGAUACUUCGUCCUGAACGGGCCAUCGUUGGAAUAUUACGAAAGCGUGCGUAUCUCCUCUUUUUGUUCACUUUCCUCUCGAAAAUACUCCCGUGGGGGCACUCACUUAGGUUCCAUCACGAUCACCGGUGCUCAAAUCGGUCGACAGCAGAAGUCGGUGGAGAAACAGCAGCCUGAUGAGGACAACGACUAUCGUCAUGCUUUCCUGAUCAUCGAAGCAAAGAAAGGUCCAGGUGGCUCGAAUCCUAGGCAUGUUCUCUGCGCUCAGAGUGACAAGGAGCGUGACAGCUGGGUAGAAGAAUUGGUGCGGUACGUGUCAGGUACCUAUAACGAGGAAGACCUUGCGGCCAUUCAGAACGGAGGCAGUAUGCAAACUCCUAGCCGCACGAGCACCAGUUCGACCCCUUCGAGCGAUCUUCAUGUCACUCCUACUCGCCGACCUCGGAAGGAUGAAAUUGCGAAGGGACCUGCGGUGCCGAUUUCUCAACUUCCUCCUGACGCUACAAAUGCAAAAUUGUUCCAGAGUGCUCCGCCGCCUGACGCACUAGGAAGCAGCAGUAGUCCUAUAAAGACUUCUGCGCAGUCGUCAUAUGUAGAACACAGAUUGGCAGGAUCGGAAACUCCGAUAUCAAGUUCUCUUCCAACGUCUUCACCGCUGGCCGGCACGGAAGACGUAGAUGUGCUAAUGGCUGUUAGUCAACGUGCUAACUCUGAAAUGGGUCAUUACCCCGAUUUGGUUGAUUCGCGGGUGGAUCCAGCUAGAGCAGGACGUGGCCGGGCAUCUCCUGAGCAACGUCGAAAGGACAAACGCAGAUCCAUGAACCCUGUCAAGCCUGCACCUAUUCCAGAGCGUGAGCCAUCGCCGGAGAAGGACGAUCCUCACACACCGCGCGUCGAUGCUCAUGGUAAAGUCAAAAUCUCAGGGCCUAUGAACGGCACCCCAAUCCCUGCUGGGUACAAGUUUGGUAAGGAUGUAGUUGUUGAGACCACCCCAACGAGCGAUCGGCGAGAGAAAGCCAAAUCGCGGACGUUCUGGGGCUUUGGCCGACAACAUGCAGACAAACCUGCCAUGCCUGUGCAUAUACCACGGGCCGUGUUUGGUGUCGGUCUAGAGGAAUCUCUUGACAUCGCUCAGAUAGCAAGUCUUCCGGCCAUCGUUUUCCGUUGCAUUCAGUACCUGGAAGCGAAGAAGGCAGAUCAGGAGGAAGGUAUUUACCGGUUGAGUGGUAGCUCCGCAGUCAUCAAGGCUCUGAAAGAUCGCUUCAAUACUGAGGGUGACGUCGACCUUCUAGCGUCAGACGAGUAUUGGGACCCACAUGCGAUCGCUGGUCUGCUGAAAACGUUUUUGCGCGAGCUUCCCGCAAGUAUCCUUACCCGCGACCUCCACCUGCGCUUCCUUGCGGUAAUCGACUUUGUCGAUGCACAAGAACGUAUCGCUGAGCUUUCACAUCUGAUCGCAUCGCUCCCCGUCGCCAAUUACACUCUGCUCCGAGCUCUCACUGCGCAUCUAAUCUUGAUCGUUCAGAAUGCCAAUGUGAAUAAGAUGACGAUGCGGAAUGUUGGCAUUGUGUUUAGCCCGACUCUGGGCAUUCCCGCGGGAGUCUUCAGCCUCAUGCUUGGAGAGUUCAAGCGGGUAUUCAACGUUGAUGGGCUCCUAGAGGCCGAAGAGAGUACUGAAGCCGCGGGCGACGAUCCUGAGGGAGUUGAUAUGGCCCGGCGGAACAGUCGACAUUAUUCAGAUGCGGCCGCUGACGCAAUGCUGGGAUUGUCUGGACGUGCUCUAAAUGCCGCCGAAGAAGCACAGUCUGACGAGGGGGAAGAAUUAUCGAUACUCGAAGAGAGCGGAACGGAAGAAACGGCGGAGAACGAGUCUGUCCUGGAAUCGUCGGCGGCAUCAAGUACUGCCAAUCUGGUACAACAGAAUGGUCGUCUACAAGUGAAUGGCCAGAAUAGCCCUCCUGGGUCCCGUUCUCACGCAUCCAGCGUGGCCGCAAGUCGAGGAUUGAAUAUUUCUGUGGGUGACAAGGCAAGCAGAAGACAAAGUCGAAUGGUGGGACUGCCACAUUCGCCGCGCCCUCGUCCACAGCAGGCUGGGCCAACGCCCUCUCCUCGUUCGCCUCUGACGCCGCAGGGGAAUACCCUUCAUGUUCCUCAUUCCCCAGCUUCGGGGCCUGUUUCUCCGUUGCAGACGCCGAAAUAGUGCCUAUCUUUGCUGCAGAUUCGUCCUUGUGGCAUUUUCGACUUCUGUGUAGUGCAAAAGCCCGUGUAAACUUCCAGGAACAUUCCACUCGUUCCGUUUGUGCACGCUCAUGUUUUGUGUUUGUCUAAAGAUAUUUUUGCGGAUCUUCUGACGCUUCCUCAGAUACCCAUCUCACUCGCUGCACUACUAUUCUUCUCAUAGCCUAUCCUUACUUAUUAGUUUACCGUGUUCCAUUGGAUGACGAGCAUAUUGCGUAUCUGUAUCCUGUAUUGAGACGACAACUGACUGCAUAAGAUAUUGAAGCAUGUCAUGUUUCUGUGCUCUGGUUAGUUUUCUGUCGACUGAAUACUUCGAAUCCCGC